UUUCUUUUUCUUUUUGCAACCUCUUGGGCUACACUAUGUGAAUGGGUAUUUCCUGGUGAACUCCCAGGUGAAGGCUUGCCUGGUCUAUGGCCGCCUUAGCUUUUUGAGGUGGGCAAAAUGCUGAGUUCCUCUUCCUCAAAUGAAGCUGACUCCUGUCUUGGCCACAAUAUGGAAGAACUUACUUUCUGUGAUCUCCUGGUGGUCUCUUGCCCAAAGUCUAAAUCUUCCCGCUGAGACUUUCUAGAGCAAACAAAUUUUGACUUGGUGCAACCGCUGGGCCUGGAUUAAUAAAAUCCAAAAUGCGAGGUUUGAGCUUCAUGUCUUGUGGGUCCAAGGAGGUGUCUUCUCCCAGCUAGGAGCGCUUGAACCAUCUGUAAAAUAAACGCAAAGAAGGAGGGAAAAAAGUCACAAAUGAAAAGCAAGCUAGUUUUCAAGUUGAAGCCUACUCCGGAGCUCAUAAAUAGGUCCCCUAGUUUCUAACUUACUUUCUGAUCCAUGAAAGUCUACAAAUGUGAACAGAAAAAAAAUGGGAGCCUUCCACUGACAUCUCUGCCUCUCUUCCAUAACUGAACUGUGACUUAGGAUCAGGGAGCACUUACAGUGCUUGUUUAGUGACUGCUUUGUACAGUGACCAUUCACAGUUGUAACAGUGAUGAAAAAGUGAUUUUGUGACCGACCACUCCUUGCCUUUGUGAUCUUCACAGGUCUGUAAAGCAAAGGGAAGCUGCAGUAAAUUUAAUGUGAAACAAUCGAUGCCAGUGAAAGAAGAGUGGGAACGGAUGGUGCGUAUCUAAUGCUGUCCUUAUUCUUGGUUUUUCUCUCACGAUGAAGUCAUGCACAGAAGAGAGAAAGUGGCUAGGAAGAACUUCUUGCUGCGCCCUCGGAAAAAAUUGAUGAAGAUCUGGAAAGAUUUGUGCCGGUCAGAGAGAAAAGCCAUCAAGUUGUAGAGAUGUAUGUUCCAUCUGGUGUAAGAAGAUGACUCCACUUUCCUAUGUUGGUUGAUGAAGGCAUCUCCUUUAGAAGACCAUGCCUGAGAUCCCUCACCAUCUUUGAACCUAAGGGAUGCCUUCUUUAGAUGGUUGUACCAGAAGGUAAAAUGUGAAAGCGUAGGAGAAGAGUCAUUGUUGGAAGAGAAAGGAACUCUAUGGGUAACUCUUGUGGGUGGAAGAUUAUUGGUCAACCAUGGUAAAGCUCGCCAAUCCACUUUACACAGAGUGGAUUCUUGAAGCCAUCCACAAAGUGAAAAGGCAGAAGCAGAGGCCCUCAGAAGAGAGGAUUUGCCAUGCCGUUUGCGCAUCCCACGGCUUAGAUAAGAAGAUCGUUUCCGAACAGUUGGAGCUAAGUGUCCAAGAUGGCUCCGUUCUCAAAGUUACCAACAAAGGCCUUGCAUCCUACAAGGACCCAGAUAACCCUGGGCGUUUUUCCUCCCUUAAAAUGGACGACGUUCCUAAACCCUCGAAAGGAUCUAAGGGAACCUGUCACGAGCUUCGAAAUGUGGAUUGGAAUAAGCUCCUACGCAGAGCCAUUGAAGGGCUCCAAGAACCAAACGGAUCUUCCCUCAGAAACAUUGAGAAAUACCUGAGGAGCCAACAUGACCUGGCAGGCGUCUUCAACAACCCCAUCUUUCAGCGGAGAUUGCGCCUAGGGGCCAAACGGGCCGUCAAUAAUGGGAGGCUGUUGAAAGAAGGACCCCAGUACAGGGUGAACCAAGUUAGCUUGGAAAGCCGAGGGACAUAUAAAUACAGUUCAUUUCCAGCCUCCCUCCCACCCGUCAGCCUUUUGCCUCACGAAAAGGACCAGCCCCGGGCUGAUCCCAUUCCCAUAUGUAGCUUCUGUUUGGGGACAAAAGAAUCAAACCGUGAGAAAAAGCCAGAAGAACUUCUCUCCUGCGCAGACUGCGGGAGCAGCGGGCAUCCAUCCUGUCUUAAAUUUUGUUUGGAGUUAACAACAAACGUAAAGGCCUUAAGAUGGCAGUGUAUCGAGUGCAAGACAUGCAGUGCCUGCAGAAUCCAAGGCAAAAAUGCAGAUAAUAUGCUUUUCUGUGACUCUUGUGACAGAGGUUUCCACAUGGAGUGCUGUGACCCUCCACUUUCUCGAAUGCCAAAAGGUAUGUGGGUUUGUCAAGUCUGCACACCAAAGAAAAAGGGAGGGAAGUUGCUUCAGGAGCGAGCUUCCCAGAUAAGGCGACGCUACACAAAACCUAUUGGACGGCCAAAAAACAAACUAAAGCAACAAAUGUUGUCUGUUCCCAGUGCGGAAGGAUCCAAGAAUGCAUUCCCAGGAAGGGGGUCACCUGGUAGGGGUCAAAAGACUAAAGUCUGUACCACACCUUCAUCUGGUCAUGCUGCAUCUGUGAAGGAUUCAAGCAGCAGAUUGGCUGUUACAGACCUCACCUGGCCUGGUGCCACCGCCACCAAAAUCACCACCAUCACCUCCACCUACAUACCUGCCGCUACACUUAACGUUAACAAGAAAACCCAGGGGCUCAUUGAUGGCCUCACUAAGUUUUUCACACCAUCACCCGAUGGUCGCAGAUCACGAGGUGAAAUAAUUGACUUUUCAAAGCAUUAUCGUCCAAGGAAAAUGGCCUCCCAGAAACCCUCCUGUACUUCUCAUGUGUUGGCUACAGGUACCACACAAAAGCUAAAACCUUCUUCACUUCCGCCCCCGGCCCCCACCUCUGCUCACAGCCCCAGUUCACAAAAAUCCGGCACUUCCAUCUCUUCUGGUUCUCCCCAGAGUUCCUCCGGUCAGCCGUUCGCGCUCUCCUUUAGCGGCCUUCCUAAUCACAGCCAGCUUUUUGAUGGACUUUCUCAUAUUUACGCUGCUCAGGGACAGUCGCGCCCGAAGGGGCAGCCAUGUUAUGCCCCUCCCAAGCGUUGGCAUCGUAAAGCAGCAUUCUCGCCCGCGCCCGCGCCCAAUCCUGCUUUCUGUGAAAAGGAAGAGAUUAGCGAUAGGUUGGUUUCUCCUCCCACCACCACCACUGGGUGGGCUGUGUCUAGAGGACAUGCUUUCAAAGCAGUUGCUGGCUUCGAGCAGACAACCUUCCUUAAAAAGCACGUGGUUCUAGGCAGAUUAAAGUAUAAAGUGACCCCUCAGAUGGGGACCCCCUCGCCACCAGGGAAGGGGAGCUUGGCAGCCGGAAGAAUUAAGCCUGAUCAGGAUGAUGGUACAGAAAUCAAAAUAAGCAUCAAACAAGAAAAUUCAGAUCUGUUUGUGGUGGGAAGCAAGAACUUUGUUACAGAAGAAGAUUUGAACAUGUUUAAACAGGCCCAGGAACUGGCAAUGGAGAAGAUAGGUUGUAAAAACGGUGGAGAAGUAAAUGGACGUUACCCUUCGGUGAUAGAAUUUGGAAAAUAUGAGAUCCAGACCUGGUACUCCUCACCUUAUCCACAUGAAUAUGCAAGACUAUCAAAGCUUUUCUUGUGUGAAUUCUGUCUUAAAUACAUGAAAAGUAAAAAUAUCUUGCUAAGGCAUGGGAAGAAGUGUGGCUGGUUUCAUCCUCCAGCCAAUGAGAUCUACAGGAGGAAGGACCUUUCCGUGUUUGAGGUUGAUGGGAAUAUCAGCAAGAUUUAUUGCCAAAACCUUUGCUUGUUAGCAAAGCUCUUUCUUGACCAUAAAACCUUAUACUAUGACGUUGAGCCAUUCCUUUUCUAUGUUCUCACCAAGAAUGAUGAGAAAGGGUGCCACUUAGUUGGAUACUUCUCCAAGGAAAAGCUGUGCCAGCAGAAGUAUAACGUCUCCUGCAUCAUGAUCAUGCCCCAGUACCAAAGGCAAGGAUUUGGGAGGUUCCUCAUCGAUUUCAGUUACCUACUUUCUCGAAAAGAGGGACAGGCUGGAUCGCCUGAAAAGCCACUGUCUGAUCUCGGCCGUGUCUCGUACUUGGCUUAUUGGAAAAGCGUCAUCUGGGAAUAUCUUCACUGCCAUCCUGAGAAAAAGAUCAGCAUCAAGGCGAUGAGCCGAGCCACCGGGAUGUGUCCCCAUGAUAUCGCUACCAUUCUCCAGCAUCACAGCAUGAUUGACAGGCGAGAGGAAAAAUUUACGGUAAUUAGAAGAGAGAAAUUGAUCUCCCGUUAUAUGGAGAAACUGAAAAGCCAUCCACGCGUCAAUGAAGUGGACCCAGAAAGUUUGAGGUGGAGUCCUCUCCUGGUUCCGAAUGCAGCGGUUUCUGAAGAAGAGAGGGAAGCUGAAAAAGAGGCUGAGUGGUUGAUGGAGCAAGCAAGUUGUUGGGAGAAAGAAGAGCAGGAGCUGUUCUCCACGAGAGGUAGUAGACAAUUGCCUGAAAAAGCCCAGUCUAAAAGCAAGUAUUUGCGACCUCAAGAAAAUGCAACCGUAGUAAUGGAAAAAGAGAAGUCUGCAGACCUGCCAAAAGAAAGCAGUGGAGAAGAGGAGGAGGUGGAGGAGGAAGAGGAAGAGGAGGAAGAGGAGGAAAAGGAAGAAGGGGAGGAGGAGGAGGAGAUGGAUGGACAUCAUCAGAAUUCUCCUCCGAGGCUGGCAAAACCCCAAUGGCUUGCGAUGAAGAGAAAGAGGCCUUUCAUAUUGAAAAAGAAAAGGGGUCGUAAACGCCGAAAGAUUAAUAGCAGUGUUACAACGGAGACCAUUUCUGAAACCACCGAAGUUUUAAAUGAGCCUUUCAACAACUCCGAAGAAGAGCAGCCCGUGGCACAACUGGAGCCAAAUUGUGAGACGGAUGGAGAACAUGACCAAGUGAAGACUGGGGGGCCAACCAUGUUGCAACACGGGGAAGAGGAAGAACAAGAGGAAGAGGAGCAGAAGAAAGACAAUCAAUGUAACCCGAAAGAGAGUCCAUGCAGAGUUAUGGCCGAAGAUGAUGUGGAUGUCCUCAAAGAAAGCACUAGAGACAAUCUCGAACCCGUAAUGCACAAGCAGGGAUGGCCUAAAAGCAUGAAGCAGUCUUCAUCCAGGCGGAGGCAAAAUAAAGAGAGAAAACCAGGGUUUAAGCUUAAUUUGUACACACCACCUGAGACCCCUAUGGAGCCCGACUGUCAGGGGAAGGGAGAGGAGGCAGAGGAGGUGGCUGAAAAAGAUCCAUCAUCGGCUUCUUCUCUGCCAGAAAAAGGGGAAAACUCUGAAGCCGUUUUCUCAAACGAGGACGAAGGGAGAGAUCUGGUGUCUGAGUAUCUAGAACUUCCCCGGAUGGAAAAGACAGAUGUCGUGGAUGAAAGCAACAUCGAAACGGAAGGUAUGAGUAGUCAAGAGAAGGACCGGCAAGAGGAGAAGAUCCUGGAGAAAGAUGAGCCUGAGCCUAGAGAAGAACACGAGGGAAAGAAGCAGCCUUGUAAUGAGGAGGGACAUGAGGACGAAGACGAGGCUGGAAGCCACCCGGGUUCAAAGGAAACAGAGGAGGUCGUAUCAGGCGAAGCUUUCAAAGAAGCGCCUGAGAAUCAAGAAGCUUUUGUAGAAGCCGAAGAACUGAGUGGCAGGCCAAAUGAAAUGGAUUUGAUGGACCGUAAAGUUGACUUUUCGCCCAAGUGUAACAGUGAUCUUAAAGAGCUUCCUGCUCUUCUGGAACCUGAGCCUGACCCAAGAGAGGAAAGCGCAGAAAAUUCCAGCGAAGCCAGUAGCCAUGAACUCAACUGUGUGUUCAAGGAGACGAAUCCAGAAACUCUGGAAAUAGACUCCGAGACCAUCCAGGCAGUCAAUUCUUUAACCCAGGAAUCAGCAGAGCAGGAAGACGCGUUCCAGGAUUGUGUGGAGACCCAAGAGGCAUGCCAGAACCUGCAGAAUUAUUCCAACACGGCCCAAAGCCCACCAGCAGCUCCCUUAGAGGAUUGUCAGCCGUCAGAUCACAGCAGCCCCGUUUCGUCUGUCCAGUCUCACCCAAGCCAGUCGGUUCGUUCGGUGAGCAGCCCAAAUGUGCCUGCCCUAGAAAGCACUUACACCCAGAUGAGCUCAGAUCAGAGCGGCAUCUCGGUGUCAUCCCUGCAGAACAUGGAAACCAGCCCCAUGAUGGACGUCCCGUCGGUGUCGGACCAUUCCCAGCAGGUGGUCGAUAGCGGGUUCAGCGAUCUGGGUAGUAUCGAGAGCACAACGGAGAACUAUGAGAACCCGAGCAGCUAUGACUCCACCAUGGGCAAUAGCAUCUGCGGGAACAAUGCGUCGCAAAACAGCUGCUCGUACAACACUCUCACCUCGAGCAACCUGACCCAGAGCAGCUGCGCUGUAACCCAGCAGAUGUCGGGAAUGAACAGCAGCUGCAGCAUGAUGCAGAGCGCCAGCAUCAACUCGCCCCCUCCUUGCAGUGUCAAAUCCCCCCAAGCCUGCGGGGUCGAGAGGCCUCCCAGCAGCAGCCAGCAGCUCUCCCAGUGCAGCCUGGCCACCAACUUCAGCCCUCCUCUCCAACUGAGCGAAAUCGCCGAGGCCGGCAGUGCCAACGUCGGCUUGUACGAACGGGUGGGCCAGGGGGAGUUUGCAGCAGGGCAUUACCCGCAGCCUUCCGCCACCUUCAGCCUGGCUAAACUGCAGCAGCUGACCAAUACCCUGAUGGACCAUUCGUUGCCUUACAGCCAUUCAGCGGCCGUGACUUCCUAUGCAAACGGUGCCUCUCUAACCACUGCGCUCAGCAGCUCAGGCCUGGUCCAGCUCUCUCAGCCUUCCCACCCGGUUCCAGGAGGGGGCCAAGUCCAGGCGACCAUGACUCCUCCCCCUAACCUCACUCCUCCCCCCAUGAAUCUACCACCUCCCCUUCUGCAGCGCAACUUGGCUACAUCUAACGUUGGCUUGUCCCAUACCCAAAGACUUCAAACACAGAUGGCCGGCAAAGGCCAUGUUUCUGUUAGGACUAAGUCAUCUUCUCUGCCACCAUCAGCAGCCGCCACCGCCCAUCAGCCACAGCUUUAUGGGCGCACGUCACAGUCUGUGGCCAUGCAAGGGCCGGCCCGCACCUUAACCAUGCAGCGUGGCAUGAACAUGAGUGUGAACCUAAUGCCAGCUCCCGCGUACAACGUCAAUUCGGUGAAUAUGAACAUGAACACAUUGAACGCCAUGAACGGUUACAGCAUGUCUCAGCCGAUGAUGAAUGGAGGCUACCACGCCAACCCCGGUUACAUGAAUCAAACCGCUCAGUACCCCAUGCAGAUGCAGAUGGGGAUGAUGGGCACCCAGGCUUAUGCUCAGCAACCCAUGCAGACUACCCCGCACAGCAACAUGAUGUAUUCCCCUCCUGCGCAUCAUGGCUACAUAAACCCCAAGCAGUCUUUGAACAGCUCCUACAUGCGGAGGUAGGAGCCUGGGUCCCAAUGCGCGCGGGGGGGGGAGAUGUUCCCCCCCUCCCUGCCAAGCAAGCCUGCAAGGGGUGGACCUGCCUCAAUGCGUUGCUGUUUCGGAGCGUGUGAUUCAAAACCAGCAAUUGGUGUAAAUGCAAAAAAAAAACAAAAACACUGGUUUGUGGCACCACGAAAAACGUGUAUGCAGAGAAAGCCUUACAUAACGUCCUUUUAGUUUUUGUUCUGUUUGCAAUUUUGCUUUGUUUGCAAAGUUUUUUUGUUUUUUUUUAAAUACAAUUGGUGUGGGAAAACAUGUGUUGCGAACGUGCAAACUCAGCCGAGGGUUCGCGUGCCAUUUUGAAUGUGCCUCUUCCUCUUUGACUCCAGCUCUUCUGGAGCCUAUCUGACUGUGCUGGCUGUCAGCUUUCCUCCCUCGUCUCCACCAUGUAAAUGCCUUUUCGCAUUGCAUUCGUUGGAUUAUUUUGUUCCUCAAAGUGGACACUUCUGCAUGCCGCUGUCUUUGUUAGUGACAGUGCGUUUUGUAGUACUGUACAAGUGUUGUGCUUAACAGUAAGCCAUUUCCUUAAUUGGUGAGUCUUUUGCCUUGAUUAGGUUGUUCCUCUUUAAGAGGUAUUAAUAUAUAUAUAUAUAUAUACAUGCAUACAUAACAUAUAUAUUUUUGCUAAUUAGAUUUUUUUAAAAAAGCAUUGAAAAUGAUUCCAAUUUUGAUUUGAUCAGUUUCUGGGUACUGUUCAUUGGGAAAUUCCUCUCUGUGAUUGCACAAAUCUGAUUCCCCCCCCCCCCCCUUGGAGCUGAUCCAGAAGACUAUCAUGGUGAAUUGAACCUUUGAAUGGCAAAUAUUUCAUGAAAGAUUAUUCUCCUUUUUUGUUCAGAUAACAGAUCAAUUUUGGUUAAGAAGUGGGGGGGGGAGGCAGCUUACUGUUACACAGGUUUUUUUUAAAAUUAAGACACAGGCAUCUAUUGUUUAAAGGAAGCAUUAUCUGUGUGUAAACAAGUUUUUGAAACAUUUUCAUACGCAGAUAAAUUUGCAGGAAUUUUUUUUUUAAAAAAAAAUUGUGAAUUUGGUGUAAAGUUGCUAUUUUAAGGAAAUGCCUCUAAACUUUACAUUUUCAUUCCAUCUGUAGAUUUUUCUACCUUUAUAAAAUACGGGAGUUAUUUUUUAAGAAAAGUAAAUAGAACAGUAGCGUGUGAAUAGGUCAAAUGAAGUUUAAAGAACGCAUGUAAAAAAAAAAAAGCAAAUGGUAUUUGUGUCUGUUUAUAUGGUUUCCUUUUCUCCCCCUGCCCCCUUUGAUAGCCUUUGUACCUGUUCAGAGUGACAGUACGAGCCAAAAGUGGUUCCAUCCAUGUAUAAAAAAUACACACGGUGAAACUUCUUGUAUUUAUGUUAACUUUUUAGUCAGUCACUUAAAUAAAACAAAAACAAGCUGUACAUUUUGACAUAAAAAUAAAUUAUGAGCCACUUUA